UAUCGGUCCCGUUCUGGAUCCUGGACGGACCGCGGGGCAGCGGAAAAGAAAGAAGCGGCAGCAGUUGAAGCAGAAGCAGAGGAGAACUGAUCAGCAGCAGGAGGAUUCAGACUCUGGGGUUGAUGAUGAACGUGUGUGUGCUGGUUCUGGGUCUGGCCCUGGUUCUGACCGUCUGUGUGGCCCGGUCUCCGUAUCAGGCAGUCCUGCAGCACAGCCGGAUCCGAGGCCGCCAGCAAGGACCAAAUGUUUGUGCCAUGCAGCAGCUGAAAGGCACUGAUAAGAAAUAUUUCACCAACUGCAAACAGUGGUACCACCGCAAGAUCUGCGGCAAACCCACGGUGAUCACCUAUGAGUGUUGUCCUGGUUAUGAGAAGAUUCCUGGAGAGAAGGGCUGUCCUGCUGCAUUGCCUCUAGUGAACAUCUACAACACUCUGGGCGUGGUCGGAGCCUCCACCACCCAGAUGUACUCUGAACGAGCUAAACUGAGGGAGGAGAUUGAAGGUCCAGGAAGUUUCACCUUCUUCGCCCCGAGCAACGAGGCCUGGGCCGCCCUGCCAACAGAGAUCCUGGAUGCUCUGGUGAGCAAUGUGAACAUUGAGCUGCUGAACGCUCUUCACUACCACAUGGUGAACCGCCGACUGACCUCCGAAGAGCUCAGACACGGAUCCUCCUUUGCCUCCAUGUACCAGGACUUCCAUGUGCACAUCCACCACUAUAGCAACGGGAUUGUGACGGUAAACUGUGCUCGUCUGAUCAAACCCGACCAACACGCCACCAACGGCAUCGUCCACGUGGUUGAUCGAGUCAUCACCGCCAUCUCCAACAACGUGAACACGAUCCUCGACAUCGACGACGACCUGGAGACACUGCGUACGGCGAUGACCGCUGCAGGUCUGACCAGCAUGUUGGAGGAGGAGGGUCAGUAUACCAUCUUCGCCCCAACCAACGAGGCCUUUGAGAAGAUUCCUCAGGAGACCCUGAACAGGAUCCUGGGAGACCCUGUGGCACUGAGAGACCUGCUGAACUACCACAUACUGAAGAACAUGCAGUGUGCUGAGUCAAUCGUGUCGGGGACUCCUAUGGAGACCCUGCAGGGCACCGUGCUGGAGGUCGGCUGUGAUGGCAAUGAGAUGACUGUGAACGGGAAGGCCAUCAUCACCAAGAAGGACCAGCUGGGAACCAACGGAGUUGUGCACUACAUCAACGAGCUGCUCAUCCCAGACUCAGCCAAAGUUCUGCUGGAGCUGGCUGAAAGCUCAUCUGUGGACACGGCAGCAAAGCUGUUUGUGGAAGCUGGUCUGACCCCCCACCUGACAGGCUCCGAGGCUCUGACAAUGCUGGCUCCUCUGGACGACGCCUUUAAAGGAAGUCUGACCAUGACACCAGACAUGAGGAAGCUGAUGACCAAUCACAUCAUGAAGGAGCAGCUUUCCUCCAAGUCUCUGUAUCAUGGUCAGGAGCUGGAGACACUGGGAGGACUCAAACUCAGAGUGUUCGUCUACAGAAAUAACCUGUGCAUCGAGAACGCCUGCAUCGCUGCCCACGAUAAGACAGGACGCUACGCCACCAUGUUCACUGUGGACAAAGUCCUCACUCCACCAAUGGGAACCAUCAUGGACAUCCUGAAGGCGGACGACCGCUUCAGUCUCCUGGUUGGUGCCAUCCAGACAGCAGGGAUGACGGAACUGUUGAACCAACAGGGGGCGCUGACCUUCUUUGCUCCCACCAACGAUGCCUUCAAUGCCAUUUCACCGUCCGAACUCAAUAGACUGAUGCGUAACCCUCAGGAGCUGUCAGGUGUGCUCAGGUAUCACCUGGGCGAGGGGCUGUUGGUCAGCGGAGGAGUCAGCUCUCACACCAGAGUCAAACCUCUGCUGGGAGAGAAGCUGGAGCUCAGUGUGCGUAACUCCACCUUGUACGUCAACAAGAUACCGGUGGCCGACGCCGACCUGAUGGCAACUAAUGGAGUCGUCCAUGCCAUCAACACCGUCAUCAAACCUCUGUCUCCGAAGGUGGACAGAGAACAGGCCGACGGACCUGCAGUGCCGCUCAGAUCAGCUGCUGCCUCCAGGGCAGACUCCAAGAGCUUCAGGAACGAUGAUCUCUUCCAGAAGGUGGUCACGAGUCGCUCCAGCAGGACGAUGAACAAGAGUCAGUAGAGGUGCAGUCCAGACCAGACCAGAACAGACAAGAUGAAACCGGAAAAGUUCCCCUGAGAUUCUCCAUCACUGCCGCUUGUUCUGUUUCUAUACUCAUCUAUAAAAACCUGAGCACACUUCAGCUCUCAGUCGAGCACGAUCCAACAAAGAAAGCCAAAAUCUUCUCUGCGGGUUGUUGAAAGCAUUCUGGGAAAUGUAGGAAAUCACUAAGUGAAGGAGACAAGGCUGAUCAGAAGUGUUCGUCAGACAGUGUGAGAGGAGCUGAGGGGGAUUUUUCUUCUUAUUCAGUUUGUGGAGAGAAGAAAAUGAAAUAUUGUGUGUUCAUGUUUUUUUUCUGUGUACUGUAAAAAAAGCAACAACAACAACUAGUUUUGACCAAAAGUCACUUUUUUAAAGUUUGAAUGUUCACAUGUGUGAAACUUUUGUAAAGUUUAUGUUGUGUACUCUCUGUGUUGUUGUUGUCCUGUAGCAUGUGGGCAGGCCUGAGCUCAAACAAACAAACAAACAGACAGACAAACAAGGUGACCUGAUGGACUCUGGAGGUUUUUUUUAGGAUUUUUUUCUUUGUGCUUUUGUAAAAUAAAGCUGAAAAACGA